AUGGAGGACGUAAACAACACGACUGCCUGGUUUCAGUAUGACAACCUAACGUCCAAACCGAAAGACGAAGAGGUGAAGCUGAGUUACCAAGUGGUCAUAUCUUUCUUUCUUGGCGCACUCAUCCUGUGCGCAAUAUUUGGGAACGCUUGUGUGGUUGCAGCGAUCGCCUUGGAGCGGUCUCUGCAGAAUGUGGCCAAUUACUUGAUCGGUUCCCUGGCUGUCACAGACCUGAUGGUGUCGGUGCUGGUGCUGCCCAUGGCGGCGCUUUACCAGGUCUUAGACCGGUGGACUCUCGGGCGAGUUACGUGUGACAUCUUCAUCUCCCUGGAUGUGUUAUGCUGCACGUCGUCCAUCCUGCACCUGUGCGCCAUCGCUCUGGACAGAUACUGGGCCAUAACCGAGCCCAUAGAGUACAUGAAAAAGAGGACGCCAAGGAGGGCAGCGGUUCUGAUCAGUGUCACUUGGCUCGUCGGGUUCUCCAUCUCAGUGCCACCUAUGCUGAUCUUUCGCUCCAGCAGCCAGGAGGAGAACAGGGCAAACCCGAAGGAGUGUAAGAUCAGGGAAGACCCUUGGUACACAAUAUACUCCACUUUCGGGGCUUUUUACAUCCCACUGACACUGAUGCUCGUUUUAUACGGGCGGAUAUUCAAAGCUGCAAGAUUUCGGAUCAGGAGGACUGUGCGUAAAACAGAAAAAAAGAAAGUGUCAGACUCCUGCUUAGCGUUAUCUCCCGCCCUGUUCCACAAAAAGACGGCCGGAGACGCGCAGGGCAAGAGUUGGAAACGGAGUGUGGAGCCCCGGCCGCUGCCGAGUAUCAACGGCGCCGUGAAACACGCUGAGGACGGCGAGUCUCUGGAGAUCAUCGAAGUUCACAGCAACUCCAAAGGCAACCUGCCGCUGCCCAACACCCCGAGUCCUGUACCGCUGUUUGAGAACAGGCAUGAGAAGGCGACCGAGGCCAAGAAGAAGAUCGCGCUGUUACGGGAGCGUAAAGCGGUAAAGACUCUGGGCAUCAUCAUGGGUACCUUCAUCCUCUGCUGGCUGCCUUUCUUCAUAGUCGCCCUGGUCAUGCCCUUUUGCAAGGAAUUGUGCCAUAUGCCCCCCUGGCUGAAUGAUGUCAUAAACUGGCUGGGGUACUCCAACUCCUUGCUCAACCCCAUCAUUUACGCGUACUUCAACAAAGACUUUCAGAACGCUUUCAAGAAAAUAAUCAAGUGUCAUUUCUGCAGACCGUGA